AUGAAACUUCUAUAUAAAGAAAAUCCAAGAACAUUAGCAUUAUAUUCAGAAACUUAUAGUUUAACUUUUCGAUCCUUAACUAAAAAACAAUCAGAUUCACCACCAAAACCAAUUGUUAAUUUAGAAUUAGUGCCCAAUACUCAGAUUUCCAAAGAAGAUGGAUUUAAAACGUUAUUAAAAAGAGAAGUCUUUGGAUGUUUAGGUUUAAUAUAUGUUGACGAUCAAAUAUUUUUAGCAGUAAUAACUGGUGCGUUAACAAAAGUUGCAACGCCAAUUGCACAUGAAACAGUUGAUAAAAUAUAUUCAGUUGAUUUUGUUUCAUUGAAUAACAAUGAAUGGGAUUUUGUAGAACUAGAUAACCAAGGAUACCCUGUACUCACAGCUGAAGAAAUGGAAGAUGAAAGAUAUAAUCGUACACUACAUCCAUGUUUUGAGUUUAGAAAGUUAUUAUCUAAUGGUUCAUUUUAUUAUUCAAAUGAUUUUGAUUUAACAUCAACUUUACAAACUAGAGGUAUUGAUGAACAUAUGGAGAAUUUAAACCAUUAUCAACCUCAAUAUAUGUGGAAUUCAUUUUUAAUGGAUGAAAUGAUUAAAUAUAGAUCCAAUUUGGACACUCAUAAUCAAUUAAUAUUGGAUGAUAAUAAAUUCUUAACAACUGUCAUAAGAGGGUUUGCUAAAACUGUUCCAGUGGGAAGUCAAGAUUCGAUAAGUAUAAUAUCAAAACAAUCAUGGAAAAGAGCGGGGACUAGAUAUAAUACACGAGGUAUUGAUGAUAACGGUGCUGUUGCAAAUUUCGUUGAAACGGAAUUCAUUUAUAAUAAUCCAUCAAAAUCUCACAUUUUCACAUACACACAAGUAAGAGGUUCCGUACCGACAUUUUGGGAACAAGAUUCAAGUUUGAUAAAUCCAAAAAUUACAUUAACUAGAUCACUAGAGGCUACUCAGCCAGUUUUUAAUAAACAUUUUGCAGAACUUAACGAAUCAUAUGGAGUUUGUCAUAUUGUGGAUUUACUAUCUAAAACCAAAUCUGCUGAGGUUCAAGUAUCAAAUAGAUAUAAACAACUAUAUAAUCACUGUGAUAGGAAAAACGAAAUUGAUUAUACUGCAUUUGAUUUCCAUGCUGAAACAAAACAAGCUGGUGGUUUUGCUGGUGCAACCAAACUUUUACCAUUUUUAUAUGAUUCAAUGCAACAAUUUGGAUUUUUUUCAUAUGAUUUGAAAAAUGAAGAAGUUAUAACAAGACAAGAUGGUGUCUUCAGAGUGAAUUGUUUGGAUUGUCUUGAUCGUACGAAUCUAAUAGAACAAGUUAUAUCAAGAACUGUUUUGGAGAACAUUAUAAAAAACCAAUCAGAAUCGUAUGCUAAUCAUGGUCGAGAUUUUGCAUCUUUGGAAAGUAUUAUACAAAGACAUAAUGCAUUAUGGGCUGAUAAUGGUGAUGCAAUUUCACAAAUUUAUACUGGUACAAAUGCUUUAAAAUCAUCUUUUUCAAGAUCAGGUAAAAUGAAUUUUGCAGGUGCUUUAUCCGAUGUUACUAAAUCUGUUUCUAGAUUAUAUCAGAAUACUUUUGUUGAUGGUAAAAAACAAUCUACGAUUGACUUGUUAUUGGGUGUUGCUGGUAGAUACUCCAAAAAGGUUAAGAUUUUUGAUCCGGCCAGCGAAUAUGUUAGUUCCAAAUUAAAACAACAUUCUCAUUUAUUUUCUACUGAGGAAAAUAUCACAAUAUUUACAGGUACUUACAAUGUCAACGCAUUAGAGCCGUCAAAUAGAGUUGACUUAACAUCUUGGUUAUUCCCACCUGAAAAUGAGAUUACUCCGGAUAUUUAUGCAAUUGGGUUUCAAGAAUUAAUAGAAUUAAAUGCUGGCUCAAUAUUAAAUGCUGAUGUUUCAAAACCUCUCAAGUGGGCAGCAAUACUAAAUGAACAAUUAAACUCACAAAGAGAACAAUAUGCAUUAUUACGUACUGAAUCAAUAGCAUCAAUGUCAUUAUUUUUAUUUGUUAAAAAAUCGUCAGUACAGUAUGUUACUCAAGUAUCUGGUGCUUCUAAAAAAACUGGAUUAGGUGGUAUGACUGCUAAUAAAGGUGCAUGUGGUGUUAGAUUUGAGUUUGGUGCUACUUCAUUUGCAUUAAUUACAUCACAUUUAGCUGCUGGUACCACUGCAACUAUAGAACGAUUUAAUGAUUAUACUACAAUUAUGCAAGGUAUGACAUUUACAAGAAAUUAUUCAAUUCAAGAUCAUGAUCAUGUAAUUUGGUUUGGUGAUUUAAAUUAUAGAAUCAAUAUGUCCAAUGCUGAUUGUCGUGAUUUAAUAGAAAGGGGAGCAUUUGAUGAUUUGUUAAGAAGUGAUCAAUUGAAUUUAGAAAGAAGAGAUAAAGGAGCAUUUAAUGAGUUCAAUGAAGGUAUUGUAUUAUUUUAUCCAACUUAUAAAUUUGAUAAAGGUACAUCUGAUUAUGAUACUACCGAAAAACAAAGAGUUCCUUCAUGGACUGAUAGAAUUUUAUUUUUAAGUACAAAGAGGAAAAGAAAUGACUUGACUCAAUUAAAUUAUAAUUCAGUAAUGGAUAUGCUUUUAAGUGAUCACAAACCUGUAUAUGCUACAUUUAAAUCAAAAGUAGAGUUUAUUGAUAAAACUAAAAAGACAACAUUGGCGAAAGGUUAUUAUGAUGAAUAUAGAAAAGAACACGGUAAUGAAUAUGAUUUAGUUUCAAUUGCUUCAACUACUCCAUCAAUAUCAUCGUUAACACAUAAUGAUAAUUUCACUAAUGAUACUUUAACAGAGUUAAAUUUAUUAGAUGAUUUUGAUGCGAAUGCUCCCAGAUUACCAAGUAGACCUAAUCCAAAUGGUACUGCACCAAAAAGAGUUCCACCUCCACCAGCAAGUAGGAAAACAACUACAGAUCAAUCAUCAACCACUUCAACAACCUCACCACAUCCUAGAAAAUUACCACCACCACCAGAUCAAUAUGUGAAUGGAAAUGAUAAUCAACCAAAACCACCACCGUCAAGAAAAACCAACUCAUCAACAACAGUGGAAGCACCAUCUCCAGUCAAAAUACCUUUUGGAUUUUCAUCAUCACCAUUAAUUCCAAGUAGAUCAAACCUGGCUUCAUCAUCACCAAUUGGAUCACCGGCACCAAAACCAAUAAAUGCCAUAAGUGCAAGAUCAAAUGAUACUACUUCUACAACAUCUUUGAAACCAAUGAUACCUUCAAAACCUUCGGGUUUAUCAUCAUCAAAAUUAAAAACAGUAAGUACAGAAGAGUUAGAAAAGAAAACAUCUAGUGAAAGUGUUGAAGAUAAAAAGAAAGAAAAUGGUAAACCAUCACCUCCAAUAUCUCGUAAUAUGAGAAAUAUGUCUGAUUGGCAACCAUUAGUACCUAAAUAA